UUUACUUUUUUAAAUGAAAAUGAACUGUGACUCAAAUUCAGUCGGUGUCACUAUUAAACCGGUGUUGAAAUUAAUUGAAAUUUGAAGCAAAUUUUGCAAUAAGCUAUCUAAACCAAUGGAUUUCGAAUAUAUAAGGAAACUAAUUACAACAAAUGACUAAAGCAGACCAAAUCGGAAAUGCACUUGCAUCCGCGAUGGAAUUUACAUUCCAUUAAGGCUGAUAUUAUACGACUACGUUUGCGAAAAGCUAUUUCUACGUCAAGAAUAAUGGCCUGUCCAAAAGAUGAUCGUUCUAUUUAUAGAAAGGAAUCGAUGGCUCUCUCUGGCCCUAUUCUUAUAAACAAUUCAUUAGUAACGGAUUAAAAAAAUUGGUCAUUAUUAUUGUUUUUACCAAAACAAAAACCUCCAUAUGAACGUUUUCUGAAAUUCUGAAAUUCUAAAACUCAAAACCAACCGUCCAUCAUCCGAAAGUGUCAACAAAAAAGCACGGUAUUUUUACCGAAAAGGCAAACUCGGUCCAACCAUUCAGAACAAUACGGGAGUCUGUUUGGAUACUGGGAGUUUUCUUAAUCUUCAGAUGGGCUGAAAUUUGGAUUCACGUAAUUUUUAAUUGGAAUGGCCACCAAGACCAUAUGAAUAAUGAGCGAUUGUUUAAUUUGUAUCAUAAUUGCCAUCGAGAAAAUGAUUACCGUUGGAUCAUAAUAGUUGGAAUUGAAAAUUUAUCGGCUUAAACUUCUCUUGAAAUUCAAUAUAUAAGGGCUAGUCAAAACUAGUAAGGUCUAAAAAAUCUGAAAAACCAGCUUAGUCCUUUUGAAAUUUAUCUGAAAAGAAAAAGAAAGGUUUACUUUCAUUUGCUUCGGUCCUUCUUGCGUUAUUUAUUUUAAAAAAACCUAUACAUCGAUUUCACAAUAUGAUGUUUAUCCCUUCAGUUUUGGCAGCAGCCCUCGCUUUAUUGCCAAGUGUUGGUUAUGCAGUAAACAGAUCUGCAGCCGAAUUAGCUUCUUACAGUUCCAAUAAUUCUCAGGAUGAUGGCAACUUGAAUUUUUGCAUUGGUGCAAAGAAUCCGAAUGGUGGUUGUAAGACAACUGACGACUAUUUGGCCGAUUUGAAUGCAUUGGCUAAUUACUCGUCUACCGUGCGUACUUACGCUACGAGUGAUUGCAACACUUUGCAAAACUUAUUGCCCGCUUUGUCUCAAGCUUCCCACAAUUUUAGUGCAUACGUUGGUGUCUGGCCUACGGAUGAUGCACACUACGCUCAAGAGAAGAACGCUUUGACCCAGUUUUUACCCAAGUACGGAGUUCGUAAUGUUAAGGGUAUAACCGUUGGAUCGGAAGUCUUGUACAGAAACGACCUCAGCGCUAGUGUUCUUGGUGACCGUAUCAAGGACGUCCGAGGUCUUGUAAAGAGUCUUGGAUUUGAUGUUCCUGUCGGUACAGCCGACAGUUGGAAUCUCUGGGCCGCUGGUAGUGGUGAUGCUGCUAUUCAAGCUAGUGAUUUUAUUAUGGCGAACGAUUUUCCUUACUGGCAGGGUCAAAAUACAAGCAACAUGACGAAUACCUUUGUUUCUGAUACUCUUACCGCUCUUGAGCGCGUUCAACAUGUCAAGGGCACAAACAAUGUAACAUUCUUGGUUGGUGAGACUGGCUGGCCUACUGGAGGACCUCAUUAUGGCGAAGCUCAGACAUCUGUUGACAUUGCUAAGCAAUUCUUCCACGAUGCUUUGUGUCAAGUUUUGAAGAAAGGCAUUGAUAUCUGUUACUUUGAAGCCUUUGAUGAGCCUUACAAAGGUGCCGACAGCAACGUUGAACCCCAUUUUGGUGCUUACUAUAGCAACCGUGUCCCCAAAUUUUCAUUGAAUUGUACUGAAUCAUCUUAAAAAAGACUAUUUAUUCUACUGAACAUAACAAAUGUUUAGAUAUGACACUAUUAGCAUAUAUGUUAGCAUACAUUUACAUUUUAGCAUUAACUAAUCAUGCAUUUUACUUUACAUUAUAAACAUAUAAAACUGAACCG